AUGGGUUCAGAUCCUCAGUUCGCCAAAUAUCCAGACCUUACCCUCGCCCAGCACAUCUUUUCCCUUGCAAAUGCGCCCCGGACUGUCCAGCCAGCGUCCUUGAAUUACCUUCAAAAUGCAAUCAAAGACCAGAAGAUGGCGCCGCUAUAUCGGCAUUUGGCCCAUCCUACUGAAGGUGUGCUAAAUACCGUGGGAGAAAGCACAGCUCAACCAUUACAACCACCGACUAAGCCUUCUGCCCGACGUGCAUCGCUCGUGUCAAGUAACCUGUUACCGCCGAAGAAGCCCGUGCCCUCCGGCAUUCUGCCAUGGGACGAAUCGCUAUAUGAGGAACUCAAGGCCGACAAUGCAAAGGAGCUGGAGCAGUUCCAGAAAGAGGAAGAAGAAGCUGAAGAGAAGGCUGGAGAAACAGAGGUGCAGGCGGCUCGCAGCAAGCGUGCCGAAUUCUGGGCCCGGGUUGGCGACAAGGACAAAGCUAUUGCUGCAUAUGAGAAAGUCUUUGACAAGACUGGUCCGUUGGGCACCAAGAUUGAUAUUGUCCUCGCCAUCAUCCGGGUCGGCAUCUUCUUCAACGACAAAGCUUUCACCAAGAAACAAAUCGAACGCGCAAAUAUUCUGGUGGAGAGUGGCGGAGACUGGGAUCGAAGAAAUCGGUUAAAAGCUUACAAGGGCCUACACCUGCUCACUGUCCGAUCCUAUAAUCUGGCCGCUCCUUUACUCCUCGACAGCCUUUCUACCUUUACCAGCUAUGAGCUUUGCAGCUAUUCCUCCCUCGUCGUAUACGCUGUGCUUGCAGGAUCGCUUUCCCUUAAGCGGGUCGAUUUCAAAGCCAAAGUGGUCGAUGCGCCCGAGAUAAAGGCGAUCUUGGGAGAUAGCGAGGACAAGGCGCCCAGCGCAGAUGAAGAGAUGAAGGACGCGUCUGCUGCAACUGCGGAACGUGCCGCCGGCCUCGUCAACGUCAAUACGCUGGGGACUAGCAGCGCAGUCCAGUCGCAGAACGAAGCCCCGAUGGAUGUUUCCUCGUUGGCCGGGUUGGUCAACAGCCUCUACAGUGGCAACUAUCGCAAUUUCUUCCUGGCAUUGGCGGCUGUCGAAGAGAACUUCUUGACGCAGGAUCGAUACCUAUACGAGCACCGAGCGUGGUUUGUGCGAGAGAUGCGGCUGCGCGGAUAUCAACAGCUUCUCCAAUCUUACCGCGUGGUGGGCCUGGCAACGAUGGCACAGGCAUUUGGGGUCAGCGUGGAUUUCUUGGACCGAGAUCUGGCCAAAUUCAUUGCGGGUGGUCGGGUGAGUUGCACAAUCGACCGAGUGCAGGGGACAAUCGAGACAACCCGGCCGGAUGACAAGAACAAGCAAUAUGCAGACGUUGUGAAACAAGGCGAUGCCCUGAUCACCAAGCUGCAGAAGUACGGCCAGGCUGUGAGGCUGAGGGGUAGUGAGCGGGCGUGA